ACAAAGCAUCUCGGCUUGUCGCUCGGCUCCACCCCAGCCGCAGCUGGAGCUCGACGGAGCCUGAUAUCGCAAGGGGCCAGACUUAGCCGCAGCAGCCCGGCAGCAUUUGGCCACUGACGUCAACCUCAGGAUUAAACCAAAAGACAGAGGGGGAAGGAACCAUGUUCCAGGCCAAGGGACCAGCCAGCGCGACCUCCACUCACGAGGCAAAGAGCAACUCUGGAGGCAGCACGGUGCAGCGUUCCAAGUCGUUCAGCCUGAAAGCCCAGGUGAAGGAGAUGUGCGCGGCCUGCCAAAAACCCGUCUACCCCAUGGAGCGGCUGGUGGCUGAUAAGUUCGUCUUUCAUAACGCCUGCUUCUGCUGCAAGCACUGCCAUGCCAAGCUCAGCCUGGGCAGCUACGCGGCGCUGCACGGCGAGUUCUACUGCAAGCCCCACUUCCAGCAGCUGUUCAAGAGCAAAGGCAACUACGACGAGGGGUUCGGGCGCAAGCAGCACAAGGAGCUGUGGGUGCACAAGGAGGUGGAGAGCGGGACCAAGUCGGCGUGA